AUGUGGGAGCUGCUUGCGGAGGAGCCGCUGGCGUUGGUUUGGCACAACUUCGCCUCAAAAGCCGAGUGCGCGGCGCUCAUCGCGGCUGGUGCGGACGCUAACGCAGCACUGAGUGGCGGCGCAUCUAGCGAUCUACUUCCCACCGAAAUCUCGAGCAAAUCUGCUUUUCCAAGAACGGACGGUGAUAGCAAAACGCGGUCCUCGCAAGGACAUCUUCCGAAUUCUGCAUUGGGGCAAGGAGACACAGGCGACCAAGCAUGCAGCAUACAGUGCUCGUCGUCCCUGCGCACGGUCCUGGACGCGACCAAUGGCAUUGUUUAUGGGUACAAGACUUUCAUUAUCCGAGUCGAGAAAAAUGCAACCUUGUCGAAAGUUUGUCUGUUGCAACAGUGUCAAUACUUAUUUACCCAAAAGAACCAGAAGGCCGCUCAAGCAAUUGGAGCCUGGAGCUCGAUCUCAUAUGUCGGCCACUUCAAAAAUGCCAGGCAACAAGUAGUAGUUCUGCACACAUGUUGCCGAGCCUGGCAUGACAUUUGUCUUAAUACCCUAGUCUAGUCUAAGACAAAUGUCAUGCCUAAAUACGACCGACGUGUACUUUUGCCUUCCAUAUUCAAACGGCUGUAUAAGCUCCCAGCCUCACGAAAACUGCGUGGUGAGUUCGAGAUCGAGACAGAACCCUUGUGCCGGAAAUUCGAAGCCGUCAUCGGCGAACUUUUGUCCUGCCCGUCCCAUGCUGAGGAAUCGCGGUGCGUGCUGAACUUAACACCAAGGCGGCAGCUGAUGACAGGAGCGGGAAAAAAUGGAACCACAGGACUACAAGUGAGAAAUGAUGUCACACGCGGAGCUCUGGCACCACUCUGGGGAGAUCAGACUACAUUCUUGCUGGAAAACGGGCUCCACGUGGACACAUUUAACGAGGAAUCUCGGCGCUUCGCCACGGCGAUUUUGUAUUUGAACACAGUCGAGGACGUUGAAGACGCACCAGAACAAACUGGCAUGGGUAUCCUGAGUAAAAACGUACCCACACCAGAGUCAGGAUGGGGAUUUUGCAACACAAACCUAGGAGUUUUGUGAGUCACGCAUCACAAGUUGCACUAUGCAGUGUAGUGCAGGUUAGCAAGUGCAGCCGCAUCACAGAUUCAUCUGCUCAUCCUGUUCAUAGCAUCACAAAUUCCAAAACGCGAUUGGAAAUGGCUCUCAUGGGGAUGCGCCUUACAAGUCUUCCUGUCUUUGCAAAUCUGCACUACAACUCUGGCGUGGGUACGUUUUUACUCAGGAUAAUGGGGCACACCGUUUUUCCGGUCGAGCGUGAACUUGGACAGCGCUUGCUUUCCUUGGGCUUCGAAAGCACCGACGUGCCCGUGGACAGUGGCGCAACGGAAGUCUUCGCAGAAGCGCAAACAUGCCUGCGAGCGCUCCAAGAGUCGGCAAAGGCAACACUCAGGGACCAGUGUAGAAAGGAAGAACGAGAACGAAAGCAGGCUUGUCUUCUAGAUAAAAAAAUGACAUCCUCCGCCCACCGCAUUAUUUCGUGUCGCGGAAAGAAAGACAUGGAGCAAGACCCACAGCUACAGAUUCCUGGUGCAUCGUCCUGCGUGGCGCUUAGUAAACGCGUCCGCGCGAAAGAACUGCUAGCACAUACGGACGCAUGUUCAUCAACGCGGGGCUUCGCUGUACGGCCAGAGCAAGGCAAGCUUCUGGUUUUCUUUACUCGUGACGCAAAGGGCAACGUAGACCCGUGCUCGUGGCAUGGGUCAGCGCAGGUGUAUGGGGUUGAUAAAUGGACACUUCAGACAUUUAAAGCCGUGCCCAUGGCGCCCGAAGUAGCAGAAAACAGAAAAACAGAGCACGAUGAAGCUUCAGAGAGAGUCCGUGCAUUUGCGCAAAACGCUCGAAGUAUUGCCUUACAACAAAUCAUUUCCGGCAAGAUGAAUAGAAGCUGAUGGAGGCAUGGGCUCUAAUUGUAU